AUGGAGGGAAUGAUGGAAACAGCCUCUGAGGCAGAGUUUUGGGAAAACAGGCACAUCCAAUUGAGAACCAAGUCCUUAUACCCUCCAGCAGUAACCAACCCCUUUGUGCAGCAAACACGCAUCAGUGCGUGGCACUGGGCCUGCACCAUCCUCCUGGGGACUGUUCUGGUGCCUGUGAGGGUGUCCUGCAUCAUCUUCAUCUUCAUCUUCAUCUGGCCGGUGGCCACACUUGCCACCCUUGGCCAUCCUACUCAACCAGCGCAGCCCAUCUCGAAAUGGAGAAGAAAACUGACGCAACCAGCUCUCAGGUUCUUGUGUCAGGCAACAUUCUUUUCGAUGGGGUUCGUGGUUAAAGUGAAAGGGAAAAAGGCAAAGCAAGCCGAGGCCCCCAUCUUAGUGAUAGCGCCACACACCUCUUUCUUUGACUCAAUCGUCUGUGUUGUGGCGGGUUUACCAUCGGUGGUAGCGGCUAGAGGAAACAUGAAAGUUCCAGUGGUUGGGAAAAUCAUACGAUCAACGCAGCCAGUACUUGUGACCCGAGACAACCCUAAUUCCAGGAAGAGUACCCGGAAUGAAAUCCUGAGGCGUGUGGCAUCCAGAAGGAAAUGGCCACAGAUCCUGAUUUUCCCAGAAGGAGUGUGCACUAAUGGCUCCUGUCUGGUCACUUUUAAACUUGGGGCCUUCUUUCCAGGUGUUCCUGUGCAGCCAGUGCUGCUCAGGUACCCAAACACCGUGCACACAGUGACCUGGACCUGGCAGGGGUUUUCAGCAUUACAGGUGUUUAUGUUGACCCUGAGUCAACUCUACACCAGAGUGACAAUUGAAUUUAUGCCUGUUUAUACCCCAAAUGAUGAAGAAAAACAAGAUCCCAUCCUUUUUGCCAAUACAGUACGCAUCAACAUGGCAAACGCUUUGGGAGUGCCUGUGACAGACCACACUUACGAAGACUGCAAACUGAUGAUUUCUGCAGGUCACCUUCAACUACCUAUGGAAGCUGGUUUGGUGGAAUUUACAAAGAUUAAAUUGAAGUUAGAUUGGGAUAGCAUUUACCAACGUUUGGAUGAAUAUGCAGCCAUUGCAGUUGCCACCAAAGGAGGAAAGAUAGGAAUUGAAGAGUUUGCAAGAUUAUUAAAACUCCCAGUUUCAAGGCCCCUGAGACAACUUUUUGCCCUCUUUGACAUGAAUAAUGAUGGCAGCAUAGACUUCAUAGAGUAUGUGAUAGGCCUGACUGUCCUAUGCAAUCCUGACAACACUAAAAAGAUUCUGAAAAUGUCUUUUAAGCUUUUUGAUCUUGAUAAUGACGGUUGCAUAACAGAACAGGAGUUAGCCUCUAUACUUCGGGCAGCUUUUGGAGUGCCAGAUCUUGAUGUUUCCAAACUCUUUCGAGAAAUAGCUGGAAAGAAUCCAGAGUAUAUUUCAUACAAAACCUUUCAGAAAUUUGGCCUAAAGCAUCCAGCAUAUGCCAAGUUAUUUAGCUCAUACCUAGACCUCCAGGCAGCCCAUAUAUUUUCAUUACCACAAGCAGCAGAGGUUUAA